GUGUUAAGUUCGACUCUCAAAUAAAUCAAGGUUAAUAUAAGAAAAUCUUUCUUUUUGAAAAAGUGAAAAUCAAUCUUAAAAGUCAUUCAUAAAAAUGGCAACCGCAUAUAAUGUCCAUCACAUUGAAAACAAACUAAAAUACCAACCAAUCGCCCCCGCACCGGCUGCCGGAAAAAGAUCCUUAAAUCCGACAACGGUUCUUGGCAUGAACGGCAUGAAUACAAUUUCAUCGCUAAACGAUCAGCAGUACAAGAAGAAAUACACCUACGCGAAUAUUCCGUACGGUGAGCAAACGCUAUCGGUAGCCAGACGCAACGCUCGCGAACGCAAUCGUGUCAAGCAGGUGAACACAAGUUUUGCCAAACUCCGUCAGCACAUCCCGCAGGCUAUAAUUGCCGACAUCUCCAAAGGAGGUCGUGGCCCGAGCAAGAAAAUCAGCAAAGUUGACACUCUUAAGAUAGCUGUCGAAUAUAUUCGUCGUUUACACGAUCUCCUCGAGGACAUGAACUCCAGUGACACAUCGAGUAAUAGUUCCCAACUGGGACAGAGUUCUACCUCUGGAUCGCCACCACCCAGUCUCUAUUACGAUGCAUCCAGUCCGGAGCAGUUCCACUCGCCAACAGCUGCAGCGCAAUACCUCCAGCAACCGGCCGAUUCACCACCAUUGUCCUUCCACUCGAGCAUGUCCUUCGAAUCGGCAAACUACGAAAACACAGCUCCGCACCUAACAUUGGCUACUCACAAUUCUGCGGAGCAUGUGCAGCUGAAAUUCGAGCCCUACGACAACUAUAUUGUGCAAGGUGAUGCUCCUGACGAUGAGGAAAUCCUAGACUACAUUUCUCUGUGGCAGGAUCAAUAGAAAACCGACUUGAGGUUUUUUGUUGCUUUUUUUUCAAACCAGUGUUUUAUUUUGUUCGUAUCGAAAAAAUAUUGUACCUUUUGUUCCACCGAAGGCGGAAGUGAUGCACUUUUCCCUGCCACCACCGACCGCCGUUCUAGUCAAACUAGUAGAAAUAAUAAGUUAAGUUUUGUUUUUCUUUUUCGUGUAAAUAAUAAUUAAAAAAGAAAAACAUGUUUUAUUUGAUAUAAAAGAAAAAUAGAUUAUAAGUGCUUAUGUUAAGCUUCAAAAGAAAAUCAGUAUUUUUUAAGUGUAAGUUUCGAAAUGGAAGACAAUGAUUAGAAUAUAAGGAUGGAAGACUUUUGUAUAAAUUAAUGUUAACUACUUUUUAAGAAAAUAUU